AUGGCCACCAAUGCACCUUACUUGAAAAUCGUCGAACAACCAACUGGGAAAUCGUACCGCUUUCGUUAUGAAAGCGAAGGUCGAAACAGUGGCUCAAUUUUUGGUGUAAAUUCAACCAAAGACAAACAAACCUAUCCAACCAUUGAACUUGGCAAUGUCACCGGAAAGAUUGGUAUACGCAUAACUUGCGUUACGAACAGUGAUAACGGCACACCGAAGCAGCAUCCGCACAAGUUGUCAAUAAAAAUGAAAAAUAAACUAAGUGGAGAAGUAUUGCUAAAAUAUAACGUCACACAGAAGGAAACGAUCAAAAUUAGAGAUGUCGGAGUUGUGUUUGUCAAAAAAUGUCGUAUUCAAGAGUCGUUGAUGCUUCGAAUGAAUGCGAAUAUCGAUCCAACGGGAGGUGGCUGGGAUUACAUUGAGAGACCGCAUCUCUUUGAAUUACACUGUGUGCGCUUGUGUUUCGAAGCGUUUCUUUACAAUGGAGCUGACACCGAUGAAGACAAUGUUGUACCAAUCGGUUAUGUGCUUUCAGACCCAAUUAUGGAUAAAAGGUACACUGGUUCGUUAAAAAUCGUCGAAAUGAGCUCAACCAGAUCAUCCGCUUCUGGUGGUGAAAAAAUGAUAAUACUGUGUAGCAAAGUGAAGCUCGAGGAUAUAUCGGUGUUAUUCUAUGAGAAAGAUGCCGAUGGAAAAGUCAUUUGGAAAGAAGAAAUCAACCAUAAAACGUCCGAAUUUAUGAAGCUUCAUUAUCAGUUGGCGAUUACAUUAAGAACGCCAAAGUACCGUGAUCUGAAUAUCGAAGGAGCGCGUAAGGUAUUUGUUCAACUUAUGCGGCCAUCGGAUAAUGAAUACAGUGAACCACAAUCAUUUGCAUUCGUAGCAAAUGCACAAAGUAUGUAUAAUUUCGAUGAAGACUGUGGACAAAAGUCAAAACGUAAGAAACCAAAUGGAAUUAUGCCGGAAAAUAAUCAACAUGCACACCACAAUCAAAUCAAUACAAUUGUAAGCCCACCGAAAAUAAAGAAUGACCAUCAUCACGUAGUGACCAAUGACAAUCAACCGAAUGUCACAAUGGCUGAAAAUGAAAGGGGAUCGAAACCAGCAGCCAACAAAUCGCCUAAUAAUCGUUCAGUGUAUGAAAUUCACAUUUCGAAGUGUGAGAAUACGGUUACAUCCACAGACAUCACCGAACAUAUUACGGAGCACACAAAAGCUACCCUCGAUCUGUUUGAGGUCGAGCAACUGAAAAGCUCAAAUAUUACGGAUCCACACGUCUGUUUCAAGAUAUCAACUUGCAGUAAACAAAUUUAUGAUGAGAUAAUGAAUGAGGAUUUAUGGGCGCCUAGAUUUUGUGCGCGUGAAUUCCGGCUGAGCGAUCAAACUAAGGCAAGCAAUGAAAAACACUCAAUUCGUUCGAUUUUAAAUGAAUCAUAUGGCGAACAACCACACUGGAAACGAUGUAUCAUUAAUAAGUAUUCGAUGGAUUUUUAUUGCCACAGCAAACUGAAUUUUGAGACAGAAAAUGUCAUUUGUUAA